CCCCGGACGCCCCGGAAACAAUCAUACGCACCCCGCCUCUGAGAUAUUCCCUGAAUCCUAAUCGCAUGUUUUGAUUCAGAAGCUGCAUCUGUCCAUGUCUAAGUGAAGCCUUCAGCCUCCAGGCUCCGCCUUACCGCAAUAACACCAUCAUGGCCUCCAUUCUACUCGCCAUCCCUCGCAUCAUUCUCGCGUUCGAAUACUUCGUCGGCGGUAUUCCUAGGCUCGGUCCUUGGCCAUUCAAGACGCUUCAUGAAAGAAUCUACCGAAAGUCUCAGAAAACGGCGCCAUAUCUCCACCCACUCUACCCUUUCACUGAUCAACGCACAAUCAAGCUACACAUGCAAUACAUCGGAGCGCUGAUGGUCACAGAGGGCUUUCUGCUGGCGAUACCGCAAACUCGAGGGAGCAUCUUUGCGCUUUUCCUCGGAUGCUUUUUGAAGUCUUCUGGGUACUGGAGCCAAAUGCGAGCCGAUAUGCCUUACUGGCUUCCCGUCACAAAUUUUGGUUUAGCUUGGCUCGUAUGGUAUAUCGAAAAGAUUUGAGAGAUCAUCUUAACGACGAAAGAUGAGAGCUCGAGUUGUAUACUCGUAUAUGAAGAAAGCUGUACGGUAACAAAUCAUGUACAUGAGGCCACACCCGCUUGUCCAUUUGUGUGUGUGUGUUAUAUAUUUAACGCCGUGGCGGCAAGGGCGCAGCCGCCCUUGCGGCCGACCUCCCGAAGGGUAUAUGGCGUGGAGAGCCGUCGCCCUAUAACUAUUGCUAGAUACAGUUCAAAUCGUCCUCCAAAUCGUGCCUUAUGGCUACUAUGCGUUCUAUCUGUCCCUGGUUCCCGCUGGUGCCCCAGUUCCAUUCUUGAAUUUUGCGGCUUAAGGCCGGAUAU